UGAGUUCGGCAGUGACGCGCGUCCCUCACGUGACCAGGAGCCUCUAUGUGCCCAAGUCCCUCUCGUCCCGGUCUUUUUUUUUGCCUGUCCACCAUCUCCCUAUUACCCUUUGGUCGAGAGGGAAAGCAGAAGAAGUCUGCUGGUCACAGCGGGGCACCUCGAGGAGAGGACGACUAGGAGCACACGGCCCGGAAAGGUCCAGGUCAGGGAAGGGGUACGCAGCGGACCGGGACUGGGGCGCGAGGGUGAACGCCGAAAGGCAUGGAGUCUGCAGGCCGCACUGUCCCGCCCCUGUCACUGCGGGCGAGGCCUGUAGCAAAGCCUGCUGGGAAAAUGGUGGGCUUUCGGGAAGGAGGGGGCGACCGGGAAGCGGCGGAGUCGGGAGAGCCGGAGAGCCUCUGGGAAAGCGCAAGGUUGAGGACCUGGGCCCCGAAUCAGGAAAAGGCAGAAUAACUGUGCUUGAGGAAGAAAAUUCCCAACAUGGACAAACCACGCAAAGAAAAUGAAGAAGAGCCGCAGAGCGCGCCCAAGACCGAUGAGGAGAGGCCUCCUCCGGUGGGGCACUUUCCCGAAAAGCAGUCCCCCGAGGAGCAGUCUUCGGAGGAGCAGUCCUCAGAGGAGGAGUUCUUUCCUGAGGAGCUCUUGCCUGAGCUCCUGCCUGAGAUGCUCCUCUCGGAGGAGCGCCCUCCGCAGGAGGGUCUUUCCAGGAAGGACCUGUUUGAGGGGCGCCCUCCCAUGGAGCAGCCUCCUUGUGGAGUAGGAAAACAUAAGCUUGAAGAAGGAAGCUUUAAAGAAAGGUUGGCUCGUUCUCGCCCGCAAUUUAGAGGGGACAUACAUGGCAGAAAUUUAAGCAAUGAGGAGAUGAUACAGGCAGCAGAUGAGCUAGAAGAGAUGAAAAGAGUAAGAAACAAACUGAUGAUAAUGCACUGGAAGGCAAAACGGAGCCGUCCUUAUCCUAUUUAAUGUGUUCGGCCUUUAAUUCUGUUUUGCCUGCUAAUAGUAUUGCCAUUGCCACCUGGACUUUGUGUUUGCAUUUUCUUAAUGCCUUUUCCCAUAUUCUGAAUUUUAACUUUUUGUGAGGCUUUAUUUUAGAUGUUUAGCAUGUAACUCGCUUAAAGUUGUAGUUUCCCCCUAAAAUCUACAAGUUUCCCUCUUUCAGUCAUGAGUCCUACAUAUUUGCAUGAAAGAUGUACAUUAUAUAUUGUGAAACGAAAAAAGCAAUUUUCAAAUGGUAUAUAUUGUAUCCCAUUUUUGUAAAAAAAUGUAUAUUUAUAUAUUAAUAUGCAAAGAAAAAGCUAAAAGUAUAUACUUCAAAGGCAUAACAGUGGUUGUGUGGUAAGAUAAUAGGUGAUUUUUUAAAUUUUUGUUUUAUCUGAAUUUCUCAUUUUUUCAAGACAAACGUUUUACUUGUGUUGCAAAAAUAUAUGAUGAAAAAAUCACACAAUUUUGAAAAAAAUGUCAAUCAGCUUAUAACGACAAUGUGGCACUUAAUAAAUAUUUGUCAGAACUUAAAAAAAAA